CUGCCGGAGGAGCCUUCCCCUCCCUGGAUUCUUGGCCCUCCCCACACUAAAAACCCGAUGAGACAACACCCAGAACCACCACACGAACAACGGCGCCGACGACGCCCCAACGCGGCGGGGAUUUUCUCGGCGGCGGCGCUGCUUUCCCGCACCGUCCUGCUGCUCCUCGCCGCCGGGAGGUCCCACGCGCUGGUCGCCCGGAAAGCGAAAAGGCCCGCGGGGCUUUUCGCGGGUUGUUGCGGCCGGCGCCCGGUGGUCGGACCCUGCGCCUUCUUGCCGGCGGUCCCCGGAAAGAUCGCACCGGCGCGGGCGUUGACGGAACGGCGCCUGUCCGACACCGACGAAGGCGACGCCGCACCGGCCACCGCGAACAAAGAGGGGGUCCCCCGGUCCCCCCUGGACCGGCCCGUCCUGUCGGCGAUCGACGCGGGGGCCCUCCUGGUCUUUGCCGCGAUCGGAAAGGCCUCCCACUCCGGCCCCGACGGAUCCCUCGACCUCCUCGCCGUCGGAGCCACGGCCGCCCCCUUUCUGGCGGCGUGGUUCCUGGUGGCGCCGCUGGCGGGAUCCUACACGCCGGACGCCACCCGCGACGCCAAGGAAGCGGCCGUCCGGGCCGCAAGGGGGUGGAUCCUCGCGGUCCCGCUGGGAUGCCUUCUCCGGGGGAUCGCGAAGGGCUACGUGCCGCCCCUGCCCUUUGUGGUGGUGACCAUGGUUUCGACGCUCUUCCUCCUCUGCCUGGGGCGGGUGGGCUACACCGUCCUGUCCGAGCUCUACGUCGAGAUGUUUUGAGGGGCGGGAACGACCGAGAAGCAUCGGGGGGCGGAAGCGGAACAGAACAGAACGAACCAACCGGCGGGCCCGGUGCGAGGAAGGCUUGGGAGAAUCGGGGUCUGGCGCACCACGGAUAUAAAAUCAACCGGCGACUAGAAUAGCAUUCGUAAUUUGAAACGUAUUAUUUAGAAUCC